UGGGAGUGAAAAAGGGGGAGACAGAAUAUCAGAUUAACACCAAAAUUGACCCGGAGAGUGACACAGAAGGAAUGGAUGAGGACUCUGUGAGUGACCACAGUUAUGAUUCCAGCGCGGAAGAAAUGUUUUUGGAAGGAAAAGAUCCACUUUUAGAUCAUGGCACUGAUUCCGACUGGGAGCCCCCAGCGCCAACUUGUUCAUCCAGCUGGACCCCUGCUGUCUCUGGGCCAUCUACAGGUGUGAAGGCACCGACAAAGAAGCGGAAGAGGGGAAGUGUGCCACCUGCUAACAAAGGGACAGAAGGGCGUUGGCACACUGUCCUAGAAGAUGACGUGGAGCCACCCCAACCAACUUUUCGGCCGAAAAGGAAGCCAGGACCUCAGGUGAACUCGACCACAACUUACAGCCCCCUUCAGCUUUUUCAGUUGUUUUUCACACAAUCCGUUGUAGAUUCGCUUGUGUCUAACACGAAUAAGUAUGGGAAGAAGAAGCAGGCAGGCAAAAAGGUAGCAUGGAAGCCCAUAUCCAUGUCAGACUUUUUCUGCUACCUUUCACUGGUCAUCUACAUGGGGCUGGUGAAGCUGAAAAGCCUGACGGACUACUGGAAAACGUCAUCACUCUACCAACUGCCUUUCCCCAUGACUGUUAUGUCCUGCAAAAGGUUUCUGGUUCUUUCACAGGCGCUUCAUAUCAGUGACCCAAAGGUUGAUGAAGAGAAUGACAAGAAGAGAGGCACAGCAACGUUUGAUAGACUGUGCAAAAUAAAACCUCUCUACUCCAGUAUUGUUGAGGCCUGCAAGACGUACUUUCAGCCAGCCCAGAACGUGUCAAUCGAUGAGAGGAUGGUAGCCUCAAAGGCCAGAAUUGGCCUCAAACAAUACAUGCGAAACAAACCAACCAAGUGGGGUUACAAGCUGUUUGUGUUGGCUGAUUCUGUGUGUGCCUACACAUGCAAUGUUUUUGUCUAUGAGGGGAGGAACAGUUUUGCUACCGGUAAGGGACUUGGCUAUGACUCUGUAAUGGAGUUAUUGGAUUUUCAACUGCUAGGGAAGGGCUACAAACUUUUUGUGGAUAACUUCUACACAAGCCCUACCCUGUUUGCAGACCUUAGGAAGCGGGAAGUGUGGGCUUGUGGCACCAUUCGCAUAGAUGUGCCUAAGGGCCAAAAGGGCACAGCAUGGAGGCGUUGCUGUGUUGUUUGCAAGAUGAAGUCCCCCAUCACCUGCACCACAUGCUCGGUGACCCUCUGCUUUACAUCAGAAAGAGACUGCUAUGGCAUCUGGCAUCAGCAGCAGAAUAUUGUGUAG